AUGGGGCUUUUAUCUAUUAUUCGUAAAACCAAACGGAAGGAACGUGAGAUGCGGAUCCUAAUGCUUGGCCUAGACAACGCUGGGAAGACGACGUGUGUCAAGAAGUUUUGUGGGAAAGAUACAAGCUCUAUAAGUCCCACAUUGGGAUUUCAAAUCACCGCAUUUUCUCUUCACGGUUGUACACUAAACAUAUGGGAUGUUGGAGGACAGCAAUCGUUGCGCAGUUACUGGCGAAAUUAUUUUGAGAGCACUGAUGGACUCAUCUGGGUUGUUGAUAGUAACGACAUUGCCCGCUUGGAGGACUGCAGGCGAGAACUUCACAUACUUCUUCAAGAGGAAAGGUUGGCCGGUGCCAGUCUUUUGGUCUUUUUAAAUAAACAGGACUUACCAGAGUCUCUUUCUCCUGCAGAUAUUGAGCGUCAAUUAGACAUAGAUACCAUCAGGAAGGGUAAACGGCACGUUCAUUUGUGUGCCUGUAGCGCAAAGACCGGUGCUGGUUUGUUGGAAGGAAUGGAGUGGAUAGUACGCGACGUCUCUAGUCGGAUGUACUUUGCAAGGUGA